UCCACGACACACGCGAGACACGCACCUUGCAUGGCAACGUAAGCGUCCUGGGAGAUGUGUAUUCCCCCAAAAUGACAGAAAUGAAUGGUGAGACAGAGCCUUACACUGAAACGCAAGUUAUGAUCGAAACCGAGAAUAAGAUUUUAGAACAAGUUCCAAAAAAUACUGAAUUCAUAGCGGUCGUAGACGAUGGGGAAGAAAAUGACAGAAACCAGUUGAACGUAAAAGAACACUUGCACGUGCAAGGCAAAUACGUGACGUUAGACUUGUCAUGUUGCGGAAUUAUGAAAGUGCCGGUGGAAACAUUUGAAUAUGAAAAUCUCACAACGCUCUAUUUGCAAGACAAUAACCUAUGUGGAAUUCCAGAUGAUUUGAUUUCAUUGCAGAAUUUGGAAACCCUCGUUCUUGCCAAAAAUAAAAUAAAAGUUCUAAGCAGAACUGUUUAUUUACUUGAUAAACUUGUACAACUAGAUAUAUCUGACAAUGACAUUGAAGAAAUUCUCCCAGAUGUAGCUGGCCUUGAAAGUUUACGGGAGUUCAGGGUCAAUGGGAAUCGACUGGAUGAAAUCCCUUCACAAAUUGGUUACUUACGAAAGUUGAGAAUUCUUACACUUAACGACAACAGGCUAAAAGAUUUACCAAAGUCCGUUUCAAACUUGGAAAACUUGAAGAUUUUAUCAUUGGAUGGAAACAGUCUUGAAUUUUUGAGCCCUGAGAUAUGCAGAAUUGACGGAUUAAAGCAACUGACUCUCUCGGGGAACCAAAUUACCAAUUUGCCACGAGACACGGAAAAUUUUCUCGCUUUAGAAAAACUCAAUCUUGACGACAACGAUUUUGAAUUUAUCCCUAUUCAAGUUUUAUGGUUGGAAAAUCUUGCUGAGCUGGCACUCUCUGGAAAUCGCCUAAAAGAAAUUCAACCAGAAAUUGGUCAAUUGAAAAAUCUAACUAUUUUAGGUUUAAACAGCAAUGAUCUUGAAGAAAUACCAGAGGAGUUGUUUCAAUUGCAACGGUUAGAGGUCAUUGGGCUAGAAAACAACAAAAUUACCGUUAUUCCUGACUCUAUUGCAAAACUCUAUGACCUCCGAGAGCUCUAUUUAGGAGAUAAUCGGAUCAAAGAAGUUCCCGAAAACUUAUGCUGGUGCUCACAGUUGGAAGUUUUGAGCUUGCUGAAAAACGACCUAUCAUCAUUCCCCAUCGAAAUCGAGAAUCUUCGAAAACUGCAUACCCUUGUGCUUUCAAAUAAUCAUUUCAAGACUAUACCGGAUGCCAUUGGUUCUCUUGUUCAUCUUGAAAUUUUGUCAGCAGAUGGCAAUGAGUUGGAGACUUUAGCAGACGACGUCAAAGGCCUUAUUAGACUUCGUCAGUUGAACUUGAACAAUAACAAGUUUUCGAUAUUUCCCAAGGUCAUCUGUGAGCUCAAACUUCUGGAAGUCUUAGAUAUAAGUAACAAUUCGGUUGAAUUUCUUCCACCCGUCAUUUCUCAACUUGAAAGACUUGUUGUUUUGAAACUUAACCAAAAUCACAUUAAAUCAUUUGAUAAUGAUCUCUGUGCACUGAAAGAACUACAGGUUUUAGACAUGUCAACGAAUCUUCUGCAGGAAGUUCCAGAAACAGUUGCUGACAUGGAGAAUCUCAACGACCUUGACCUUUCAAAUAACUUGUUUAUAGAAUUUCCAAAAACUGUUUUCUCAAUACCAAACCUAGAAAGGUUAAAAUUUGACCAAGAAAACGGAAAUCAGCUUCCAAUAAUUCCAGACGAGAUUGAGUUUUCAAGUAUUUCUUAUCUAAUUCUUUCAAGGAACUCACUACGAACGCUUCCAAACACCAUAAGUGGCAUGCGCAACAUCAAGUCGAUUAUCGCAGACCACAAUGACAUUCACACAUUACCAAAAACCAUCUGCGAUAUUCCACAGUUACAAGUUUUGCAUUUGAAUGACAACUGUUUGACAUCUCUCCCAGAAAACUUUGAUAACUUAUCAAAGCUGAAGGACCUUCGUAUCCAUAACAAUCCAUUGAAAACUCCACCAAUGGACGUCUGCGUUAGUGGUGUAAUGCAGCCGAUUGGUCGUUUCAUCAGAAGAGCACUAGAACGAGAAGAUUUCUUCAUUAACAAAUUUGAAGAACUUCUUUUAAUGAAGAUGAUCAAUGUUAUCAAGACUUAUUUGAACAAGAACGAGUUGCGAUACCUGAUGAAGAAGUUCCGGUUUCCAGAAGAAAAAAUGGCGGAGCUCGAGCAGACGUAUUAUGGGAAGGACAAAUUGCAAGAUAGAGUGUAUCAUGCCAUGCUAUUCUGGAAAGAGUUUAAAGGCCCUCUAGCAAAUAUUGAAGAACUUAUUCGAGUUUUUCAUGUCAUUGGUUACGAUGACCUCUGUCUUAAGUUACGUGCAAUGAAGAUAUAUGCACAGAGGUUAAGACUUUAAAAAAUGUCAAUUACGCGCGAAAAUUGAAGGCAUUAUAGGACUGACACUAAAUUAUAUGCGAACGAUUUAUAUAAUUAUACUGCCAAACAUUUUGUCUUGGAAACAUUUCACUAUCUCUUUGCUUAAAUAUAAAUGAUGUAAAUGUUACACUGUGUUUAAAAAUACCCUUGAAAAGUUAUGAAAUAUAAAACUUUUCAUCAAAUAUUUUGUAUGAUACAAGAGUUGACAUUCUCAUUUGAUCAAAAACAAUAUAUAACUACACUGGCGAGUAUUUGGUUAUUAUUCGGAUAAUCUUCUCUUCUCAAGAUUGAAUUGAUUGCCAUGAACAACAAAAUGCAUGUCAAAUGCAGUUGCCAAAUUGUAGAUAGUCACACAAGCUCUUUAUAUCCUAAAUAGUUUUUGCUACAUAGAUGAAUUUGUUUUAAUCUUUCUUCUUUUCUUUGCCAAGAUCAAGAGAAAUUUAAAAGGAAAUAUUAUCAUGAAAUUACUAUCAACGAAAUUGUCUAUCUCAUCGUUAAAGACCUUCAAGUGGACGUAAAGAUGAAGAACUGCAAUACAAGCAUUAGACUUUUAAUAUGUAUUUAUUUCUUAAUGUUACAUUGGACUGUUGUCAAUGUUACAUCCAACCCAUGUUCUUUUAAACCUGCAAUAGGCGGAUUUAGUUUGUUGGAAGUUGGACAGGGGCCCCGGCCCCCUUAUGGAACUAAAUACAUGUAUAUGGUUACUGCAUGGACAUUUUACAAGUCUAACGUUGUCUUGUCGAUGAGAUUUCCCCUCCCCUUUAAAAAAAAUCUGGAUCCUCACCUUGUAACUAAGAAUGCACACUCGAGUGGAUUUAGACAUAUCCACCUGUCUAUUGUUGAUGAUUAUAUAUUGACUUCUAGGUGUUGUUAUUUGUGUCGUUGGAUUACUGUCUUUUUAUUCACAUACAGCAUGGGUAUUGAAUUUUCCGUUCUGCUUCUUUUAUUUUCAAUAGUCUUCUUGAAUAGACUCUCAAUUGAAAUGUUUCAUAUUUUUCAUGUCAGGGCCUUUUAUAGACGACUAUAGGGAUGGGUUUUUCUCAUUGUUGAAGGCCGUAACGGUUGUCUAUAAUUGCUUACAUCCACUUCAUUUGAACUUGGGUGGAUAGUUGUCUCAUUGGCAAUCAUACCACAUCUCCUUAUUUCUAUAUCAACUUUUUGACACCUUUCCACCUAACCUUUGGUUAAGUAUUUUAUUUUGAACCUUCAACGGUUCUUUCUGUACAUAAAAGUAAGCUACAAUCAAGAAAGUGUGUGUGCGUGUAAAGUAAGAUAGGUUUUUUUAAAGAAUUGUUUUUGCUAUUUGUGAUGUUUUUGCUGGAGAGUGUAUAGUGCUACAUUUUCAAAUGAACAUAAGUUUUAUUUAAGUCUCUUCAUUUUAUGUCUCAUAUCAGAGAGAGCUAAUUGCAAGCUAUAGAAUCAUUUUCAAAGCUGCUAUGUGAGGGUCUGGAUGGGGUUUACAGAAUAGAGAAGAAUGGACAAAAAGUGCAGAAUAAAGGGCCAAAAAUAAAUAAUAGUGAAAAAUUGACCAUAAAAAUACAGAAUUGUUCACACAAGAGUUGGCCAUUUGAAAUGGUUCAUGAGGGUCUGGAUGAGGUUUACAGAAUAGGGAAUAUGGGCAAAACUUAAGAAUAAAGGGUAAAAAAAGUAUAGAGAAAACUAGGCAACACUUGAUGGGGUGCUAAAAUAUUAAGAAUAGAGAAUAAUGGGCUAAAAAAUAAUGAUUACAGAAAUGAAGAACCUCCCAUCCGUCUGUUGCUGGGCUUUCCUAUUUGCUUUGAGUUAUUCAGAUUUUAAAGGACUAAGUAUUAGACAAACUGUUAUCUGUAUUGUUAGUUCGAAGUAUAGAUGUAUAUUUUACUAUAAACAUUGUUUCCAUUUAUACAUUUAUGUAUGUGUGUUUCUUUACUUUUAUAUUGAAGCCUUUUCUAUUUAGCCAUUUACAGUUAAAUGUAGAAUAGUGCAAUGUUAUUUAAAAUUGUUAUUCAAAAUAAAAAAAAGAGAACAUUU